UCACACUAUGGUUCCUAGCGGGAACACUAUGGUUCCUAGCGGGAUGUAGAUAUGGGUAUGCAAGGAGGGGUGGCAGGGUAACAUUAGGCUGUUUGUUUAGUUGUUUGUGAGCCGGGAGAUGAUGUUGGAGUUUAUAUAAAUUCUCUGAACCCUCUUCUUGUCUUUUGUUGUUGUUCUCAUCCUCAUACUACGUACUGCCCUUUCCUCUUGAGAUUCACUGACAGUUAGUUCAUUGGCGGUCUCUCAUCAGGUCGGCACUCACUUACCUCAUCUUGCCAAGGAUCGAUCACACACCAAGAAGAAGUAAAGUCUCAACGAACACCUCAGUCACUCACUCACCAUGGCACCCACCUACAACUUCGAAACCACCAUCCAAAAGGCUAUCGACGACGGCAUCGUCCCCGGCGUAGUCCUCUACGCCCGCAACAAAGAUGGAACCCUCAACUACUCCUCCGCCCACGGGCACGCCUCCCUCUCCCCCUCCCACCCGCGCCCCAUGACACCGCACACCAUCCUCGCCCUAGCCUCCAUGACCAAACUCCUAACCUCCAUCUCCGUCCUCCAACUUCUCGAAUCCUCCUCCUCCUACGCCAAUUCUUUCCCCCUAGGCCUCGACACCCCCGUCACCGACCCUUCUUUCCCCCAAACUUACCUCCCCGACCUCGCCUCCCUCCCCAUCCUCUCCCCAACGACAACCGACCCCUUCGCCACUAGAACUAGGUCCAAACACAUCACCAUCCGCCAUCUGUUAACCCACUCCUCCGGCUGCGGCUACACCUUCCUGCAACCCUCGCUGGUCGCCUGGCACGAGUGGAAACUCGCCCAGCGGGAAGAAAACAGGAAAGCGCAUACGCCGGGAACGUCCUUUGCGUCGACGGUGCCCGAGCAGUUCUCGACGCCGCUGCUGUUUGAGCCGGGCGAGGGGUGGGCGUAUGGGUGCGGGAUUGAUUGGGCGGGUUGGCUAUUGGAGAAAGUGACAGCCACAAAACUGGAUGAUUGGAUGCAAGAGAAUUUGGUCAAGAGGUUGUUUGGGUUGGAUUAUAAGAAAGGGUUGAUCACGUUUUAUCCUGAGCGGGUGUGGCCUUCUGAACAAGAACAAGAAAAGAGGGAAAGGGUGGCGGAUAUGGGGAAGAGACCUGUCGAGACAACGGGAGGAGGAUAUGCAAAGACUCGACACAUUGAUAGCCCGCAACUGAUGCAGCCGGCUGAUCGCUGUGCGUUCGGUGGGCAAGGCGGGUUUGCGGAUCUGAGCGCUUAUUGCGAGGUGGUGUAUUCGUUGUUGGUGGAUGAUGAACGACUGCUCAAAAAGGAGACGGCCAAGUUGCUUUUUGAGGGGCAGUUGAAGGAGGAAAAAGCGAGGCAGGCGAUAAAUGAGGAUAUGAAGACGCCGGAGUGGGUGAUUGGUUAUGUGGAGGUGCCGGCCGAGGGAAAGGGGUUGGUGUAUGAUUGGAGUGCGGGCGGGUUGUUGGUUGGCGAACCGGGGAAGGAAGAAGACGGAAGUAGUGGGAGGUGGAGGAGGAGAGGGUAUCUGGGGUGGGGAGGGAUCUUUAACUUGAAUUGGUUCGUCGAUCGAGAGGCCGGUGUCUGUGGAGUGUUUGGGGCGCAGAGUUUGGACCCGGCUGACCCGCUGAUUGAACCGUUGAUCAAGGAUUUUGAGAAGGAGAUCUAUGAGAAGCAUGGGGCGAAGUGAUUGGUAUAGAUCGUUUAGGAGUUGAUGGCCGAAUGACAGGAAGGCUAUGGUAACCUCCAGGUGAAUAUGUGAAUGUUGCGAUAUUUGAAUUGACGGGUAGAACACCCCGGAGAUAUUCUUGACCACUCAUCAUCCACCGGCGACCCGAUCGAAAGCUGUAUCCAUUCUCGCUCCGGCCCGCUCCCGGCCCGCUCCGUCUCAUCCGGUGUCACUGCCAGGGGCAGGUUGUAUGCGGAGCCGAGUUGGAAAGA